AGAUGAACAGGAACCUGACCUGAAAUUAUGAAAAGGAAAUGGGAAGAAAGGCUUAAGCACGUUGAGUGUUUAGCAGUUAUUUAUCAAAGACAUCCACUCCAGUCACCUUACAAACCAUGCCUUCAUAAACCUUCUCAGCCUCCUUCAGUUUGGAAACUAUUUCCUCGACAGACUACAGCCUUCAAUUUUGCUAAAUGUUGCAAAGAGGAUGUUCAUGUUUUUGCCUUGGAGACUAAAGACACUGAAACUGGAAAAAGAUUCUACCUUGUAACAACAUACACCGAAUUCUGGCAUUAUUACCAGAGGCCCAGACAGUCACUAACGCAUUGUUAUGAAGUCAUCCCAGCAGGUUCAGUAUGCAAGCUUUACUUUGAUUUGGAGUUCCAUAAACCUUCUAAUCCAGGAGUCAGUGGAAAGCAGCUUGUUGCAAAGUUAAUCCAGCAUGUUUGCCAGAAGCUUGAAGAUUUUUUCGGAAUUCUAUGCACGGAAAAAGAUGUAUUAAAUUUGGAUUCCAGCACUGAAGAAAAAUUCAGUAGACAUUUAAUAUUUCUUCUCCAGAAUGCUGCAUUUAAAGACAACACUCAUGUUGGUAACUUUGUCAAAAGUAUUUUACAACCUGCAAUCAGCAAACUACAGACAAAUCGUAUGCAUCAUUUGGAAAUGACUGAAGAAAUCGGUGUCCUUGCAGCCACUGUAACAUACGAUUUUGCAAAGUUUGGAAAGGAACAUCAUCCUCAAAAAGAAGCUUCUACAUGCUCAACACUGAAAAGAACAAAAAUAUCAGAUCUGCAAAGUACUGACUUAUCUUUUCUACUAGUGAAAGAUAAAGAAGGAUUCUGCAAUCUUUUUGUAGAUCUAGCUGUGUAUACAAAGAACAGAAACUUUCGACUCUAUAAAUCAUCCAAAGCAGGAAAGAUUGUAACUUUAAAAAUUGCAGAUGAUAACAAGUUUGCUCCUAAACAAGAGAAGAAUAUCUCUGUUGAAGAACAAUUAUUCCAAUGCUCUUUAGUUAGCAAUGUCAGGUUCACAGACCUGUUGAAAAUUAUAACUUGUUGUAGUCCAGAUGAAGCAGAUGGUAAAGGCCAACUCAGACAUUGCAGUUUGAGUUCAAGCAGUUCAGAAAGUACUGUGUCAGGAUACCAGUGGUCACCAUAUCCUGAAAUUGACCGCUUUGUCUUAUCUUUAGUGUCCAAAGAUCAUAUUAAAGGAGGAAUACGUCGGUGGAAUUACUUUUCUGCCGAACAACUUAUUGUUUAUGAUAUUACAAAGUAUCGUCACUGUGAAAAUGUAAGAAGACCUCACAAAAGUAAUAAUAUUAUGAUUGUUGCAGACUUGAAAAAGGAAAUCUGGUAUCAAAAAUGCCAUGACCCAGUAUGCAGAGCUGCAGGUUUUAAGUCAAAAAGUUACCCUUUACCACCUGAGGUUUGUCUGGAUUUCAUUUUUACUGAGGAUGAAGAUGAGUUAUCAUACAGUAUGGAUGAAAGUGGUAUCAUAAUAGAACAUCGGAAUACUUUCCAAAACUUAAGUGACUUAUUGCAAAAAGAAGGUAGCACACUUAAUGCUUGCCAGCCAGAAAACCUGGAAGUGGACUGGAAAGAGAUUGAUGAUACAUUAUGUUUGGAAGGCAUGAAUACAGACUGGAGCAAAGAGACAAGCAAGUUUUGUUGUACAUCAGAGACUGCAGACUGGAAUGAGGAUAUUGAUGAUGAUUCUUGUGUGGAAGCAGCUGAAGAUACUGAACUGUGCUUAGCCGCAGAUGAUGAUCUACACAAGCAGAGCACUGCAGAAUUAGAAGUACCAGAUGAUCUUAUGCUGGCAGCUGCUGGACAGAGUGAAGCUUCUUGGGAUACUGAUAUCACCUAGUGCACAGCACCUAAACAGUUUGAACUAUCAAGCCUUUUCUGAAAACUUCCUUUUGUUGUCAGCAAUAUUUACUGUAAUUCAAAACAGUAUGGUGGAUAGUGUGGGAAAAUUUCAGAUUGUUCUGUCUGAAAACAGUUUGCAUUUAUUUAAUACAGAAAUGCACUGCUUGAAUAUAGAAGUCUGAAAUACCCGAAUAUGCUCACUGUUGAAGCUAGAGCAUUUUGGAGUAAAACCUAGACGACCGGAUACAAGUCCUAGAUCAAUGUUAUUGAUCUUUGGAAGAAGCAUUCUCAGUCAUCAGGCUCAAUAUGUAGAACAUAUGGCCGGGUGGGGGGAUGGCAUAAUGGUUAAGGGUGGGGGGAUGGCAUAAUGAUUAAGGUAUUUACCUUGCAGAUACAAGGUGCAGGGUUUGAUUCUCACAUGGGGUAGUUGGCUAGGCUUAAAAUGGCCCACAAGUGCAGUUAGCCUAGUACAAACCUAUCAAACCUAUCAACCACUAGGUGAUACUCUGAAAGCAGAUAUUCAUUUAGUUCCCAUUAGGCGGCAGCAUCCUAGUUUUUUUGGAAGAGUCUUUUGUCACUUACAUGCUAUUAUCAAGGAAAGAAGUUAUCUUAGUUCAUUAGCAUUCUACUGAAAAAGUGGUUUAGUAGAUUGUGCUAUUUUGCAUUUAUGUAAAAAAAAAAAAUGUAUAUAUAUCCCCUGUAUAUCUUGGUGACAUUUUCAACCCAAUAUAUUCUGAAAUUAUUAA